AUGAAGACGAAAUCAAUCCUCAAUAUCGCGCUUGCUAGCGUUGUUGUGUUGGCGAAAACAAAUGGCUCCGCUCCAUCCGAGGUGCCCUAUUACGGGCGCAGUCCACCUGUUUACCCACCUCCAAUUGGCAAUGGCUCCAGCGAUGCGGGAUGGGCCGCCGCAUAUCGCAUUUCGAGAUCACUAGUGUCUCAGAUGACUGUCGAGGAGAAAGCCAACAUUACUCGAGGAUGGAGCGGAACCUGUGUUGGUAAUUCUGGUGAAGUGACUCGACUGGGUAUCCCAGCCCUUUGUUUUGCCGACGCGCCCGAUGGAAUUCGUGGACAAGAGUUCGUCUCUGCCUUCCCGGCAGGAAUCCAUGUCGCUGCUACGUUUGAUAAGGCUCUUCUUUACAAGUACGGGAAGGCACUUGGCGAUGAGUAUUACGGCAAAGGGAUCAAUGUAGCCUUGGCUCCUGUUGCCGGCCCUCUUGGCAGGGUUGCUCGCGGCGGUCGAAACUGGGAAGGGCUUUCUUCCGAUCCAUACUUGGCAGGUGUCGGCAUGGGCGCUAUUACACGCGGUAUUCAAGACGCUGGAGUUAUAGCAACACCCAAGCACUGGCUCUUGAAUGAGCAGGAAUACCGUCGCCUUGCCUCGGAUCUGGGAGAAUCCAUCAGUUCAAAUGUUGACGACCGCACAAUUCAUGAGCUAUACGCUUGGCCGUUCAUGGAUUCACUCAGGGAGGGUGCCGCCGCCGUCAUGUGUUCGUAUCAGAGAGCCAAUCACUCAUAUGGGUGUCAAAACUCCAAGCUCCUUAACGGCAUUCUAAAGACGGAACUUGGAUUCGAAGGGUUCGUGGUCAGCGACUGGCAAGCCCAGACGAGCGGUGUUGCAUCGGCCAAUGCCGGCCUUGAUUUGGUCAUGCCUGACGCUGGGUUUUGGGGAGACAAGCUCAUCGAAGCAGUCAACAACGGUUCGGUCAGCGAAAGUCGGCUCUCCGACAUGGCAACAAGAAUUCUGGCGAGUUACCAUUAUCUUCAUCAGCAGCACGCAUUUCCUCAGCCUUCUAUCCAUUCGAAUCUACAGAAAACCUUGGCUGUCGAUGUUCAAGAUGACCACGCGGCUUUGAUUCGCCAGAUUGGAGCGGCUGGCACUGUCCUUGUCAAGAACGUCAACGGCGCCCUUCCUUUCAAACGCCCCAAGUUCCUCUCGAUCUACGGAUACGAUGCAACUGUCAAGGCAACACCUUGGCAGAAUCCUUCUCGGUAUGGCGGCGGCUAUGAAGUCAACUUCGACUGGGAAACAUUCAAUGGAACUCUCGUCACCGGAGGUGGUUCUGGUGGAAGCACUCCUCCCUACGUGGUUUCUCCCUUCCAGGCGAUUCAAGAGAGGAUAUCCAAGGAUCGAGGAAUUCUUCGAUGGGACUUCUACUCCGAGAACCCCUCUCCACCUUAUGUCAACAGUGAAGCUUGUCUUGUUUUUAUUAACGCCUACGCUUCCGAAAGCUUUGACCGGUUGAGCUUGACAGAUGAGUUUAGUGAUAACCUCGUCCAAAACGUCGCUACGAUGUGCUCAAACACGGUGGUGAUUAUUCAUUCUGCAGGAAUACGAACCGUUGACGCGUGGAUUGAGCAUCCCAACAUCACUGCCGUCCUUUUCGCCGGGCUUCCCGGUCAAGAGAGUGGCCAUAGUCUCGUUGAUGUUCUUUGGGGCGACGUGAACCCUUCAGGAAAGUUGCCAUACACGGUGGCGAAGCGCGAAUCAGACUACGGCAGCCAAUUGAACUCCAGCGCUUCGGAUGAGUUCUUUCCAGACAGUGAAUUUACUGAAGGACUUUACAUCGACUACCGUUACUUCGAUGCGCAGAACAUUACUCCUCGAUAUGAAUUCGGUUAUGGUCUUUCCUAUACCACCUUUAGCUUUACUGAUUUAUCAGUGGGCUUGAUAUUCAAUGCCGACACCUUGGAGUAUCCUGACGCCAACAUUACCAUUGUGCAGGGUGGUCAUCCAUCACUAUGGGAGGCUGUCGCCGUCGCUGAAAUCUCUGUCACUAAUACAGGUGGUGUGGAAGGGGCGGAAGUUGCCCAACUCUAUGUUGGCGUUCCAGGUGAUGACACUCCCAUCAAACAGCUUCGUGGCUUCAAGCGCCUGUUUUUGAAUACCGGGCAGACAGGCCGCGUAGCCUUUGAGUUGACUCGACGAGACCUUAGUAUCUGGGAUGUUGAAGCACAACAGUGGCGCUUGCGAAGAGGAGCUUACACUGUCUGGGCUGGAUCAUCAAGCAAAGAUCUAUCUCUUCAAGGAAGUUUUGAGAUUAACUGA